AAAAUGACAGAUAAAGUUUAAAAUGUUAUUUAUUAUUUUAAACUUUUAAAUGAGAAUAUAUUUUUUUUAAUUACUUAAGUUUUUCAUUCUAUAAUAUCCUUAACUCUUUGUUUGUAUAUUUUUAUUGUUCAGAUGAGUGAAUUCGUUAGACUGUACAAUAAAUAUAUCUAUUAUAUAUUUAAAACUCCAUCGAAGUCUCCCAACUCGAAUUUAAUAACACCAAGUUCGACUUCGCCAUUUACACCAAAGAGAAGUUUAAUAAGAAAAAAAAUUGAAGAUUUUAAUUCUGUUUCUAGAGUUUUGUUUGACUCUUCUGAUGAAUCAUCAAGUGUCAGUGUUGAUUUAAAAGAAAAAUUUCUGUCUACUUGCCAAAUUAAAUCUGAAACACAGAUUAAUAAUACGGAACAAAUCACUCCUAUUAAAGACUUACAAAAUCAAAAUAAAAUAUUAUUAUCACCACAAAUAAAAAAUCAUCCAAAUCGUUUUAAUUUAAAUGAGAACUUGAAUAAUGCAAUUAAAUCAAAAUCUAAUAAACGUAAAGGUACAAAUUUAUCUACAUCAUCUAAAAAGCAUAAAAUUUUUAAUGCAGAUAAUAAUAAAAAAAUUUAUGAAUUUUUUCAAUCAUCAGAACAAAUAUUACAAAGUGAAAAUAAUAAUAAACUGUGCAAUGAAUCAAGUUUGUCUAACAAACACUUUAUGAGUUAUAAUGAAGAAUCUAUUAAGAUCAAGCAAGAAUUUUUUGAUGGUACUAAAGUGCUACCAGAAACUAUUUCUCAUUUAAAAUUUAUGAAAAAUUCAUAUAAUACUUGUCAAAAACUUGUUAAUAUUACAAAAAUAAGUCCAUCAAAAAAUUUAGAAAAUACUCCUACCAAAAAUAAUAAAAAAACAUCAAAUUUUCAAAUAGAAGUAACGCCAAAAAAAAAAAUUGAUAGUAGUCAUAUAAACAGUAGAAGUCCAUCUAUAUAUGAUCUUUUAACUCAACCUAAGAUAAUUAUUACUGGAGGUGAUACCUACAGUAGAUUUAUUAGGCAUUUAGUAUUAAGACCUGAAGUACAUUUUUUAGUGGGAAGACAUUAUAAACUGUUUGCUGAAUGUACUGAUGAAGAAUUAAAAAUAUAUGGAAGACUUUUUUUGAGGAAACAUGGAUGGAUUCGGUCAAAUGGUCCAAAUAGUCUUCAAGACUAUAAAAGCAAAAAUUUAUGUGAUAAUUUUGAACUUGUUCUUCAAUCAUUAGAAGAAAAAGAAUUAAUCAAUACAAAUGUCCUCUCCUGUAAAUUAGAAGAUUUAUUAGACAAACUAAAAGUUUCAGAACUUAGAAAACUACAAAAACUUUUUAAUAUUACAUCUAACACCAAUCAAAACAAGACUCAAAUAGUAAAGUCAUUCACUGACUAUGUAAAAAAUCAAAGAACUUUCUGUGGAAAUUCAAAUAACAAUUUGAAAGAACGUAUAAGAACUUUGUUAGGAUAUUGUGUACGUUUAUCAGAUGAGCCAAGAGAGGAUUUAUUAAGCUGUUUAAUAAUUGUGUCGUAUCCAUUUUUUGUUGGAGAAGAAAAAGAUAGAAUGGGUGAUUUUUUAUCUAAAUUUACCAUGAAAGAAAGAGGAGAAAUAAAGUAUCCAGAUUUUAAAGUACAGCAUGUAUCCAUUAAUUUUACGACAUCAGAAAGUUUAUUAUCGUAUAAAAAAUCCCUCUUUCUUCGACAGGAAAUUCAGUUCAGUAAUGAACAAAAAAAUCACGAAAAUGUUGUAUCUAUCUUAAAAAUUGUUUUUGAUGAAUUAAAGAGUGCAAUAAGUAACCAAAAUACAAUGAAUACUUAUGAAAAACUACCUACAUAUAUGCGGAAAUUUACUGCAGUAUCUGUAUAUACCUAUACUUUGCUAAAAAAUAUUUCUCAACUAAAAAAAUUUUCUUCAGAAAAUGAUUUGACCAAAGAAGUUUUAAUUUUUUUAUUGGAUCAUAAAGAGUUUUUAAUAUCAAAGCGUAUUAAUUUAUAUAUUGAAUUGGCUAAACUUUAUGAAAUGCAGUAUAAACAAUUAGAUCUAGCUGCAAAAGUAAUAAUUGAAGGUCUAAAAGAUAAAGUUGUUGGAGAAUUGGGAUCACAAAUUUUGUCUAAUAGAGGUAUGAUGUAUGCUAAACGUAAAACUAAUGGAUUAAGCCCAGAGUUAAAACUUCAAUUAUUGGAAUUAACCAUUUUGGAUGAAAGAAAAAUACCAGAAAUAACUAUUAAUGGAAAAAUAGUGUCAUUUAAGGAGAAGGGUUCUUCAGGAAGAAAACAAGUUUAUGAAAUAAAAACUUAUGAUGGAAUAUCAUAUAUGUCAGUUGAAGAGCGAUCUCUGUAUUAUUAUAAAAAUGAAGGGUAUUCAAGAGGAUUACAUGAUGAAGGGCAACUUAUUAAGUCAAUGUUCUUUUUAUGUUUUUGGGAUGUAAUUUAUGGGAAUUAUCCACCACAUGUAAUUUUUUUAAGUGAAUAUCAAGAUAGUCCAUUAGAUUGGAGAACUCAGCAUUUUUAUACUAUUCGAGAAAAAGCAAUUAAAGAUCAAUUAGCAAAAUUAGAAGGCAUGAGUGUGAAUGAAAUAUAUGAAAUGUUGAAUGAACUUUGUGUAAAGUAUUAUAACACUCAAUCAGUUAUUAAUUGGAAAAUAUUGACUCCAAAUAAUUUGUUACUUUGUAAGGAACUAUUAAAUUGUCUUGGUAUUUCUAUAUUUUUGUCAAUUGGACAUCACAUAUUAGCUAAUGGUAGAAAAUAUAUGCAUGGUAUGCCAGAUCUUAUUAUUUGGAAUCCAAUGGAUAAUAAAUAUAAGUUUGUUGAAGUUAAAGGUCCUAAAGAUAAAUUAUCAGAUGUACAACAUUCAUGGUUACUUACACUAAUAGAAUUUGGAGCGUAUGUAGAGGUUUGUCAUAUUGUUGGAAAUGGUGGAAAGUACAUUGAACAUUCUGAAAACAAUGAUUAGUAAAUUUUAUUGUUUGAAUAAUUUACAUUAUUAUUAUAAAAAGUAUAAAAAGACUUUAAUUUUCAUUACUAGUAUAACAUUUUAAUUGUUGCAAAAUCAAUGUUUCAUCUAUGUAAGGUUUUAUUUUAAAAGAAGGCUUUAUACAAAUUUGGUUGGAUCUGUUCUCUUUAAUAUUUGUAAAAAUAAAAUUAAUUAUUUUUGUAUAAUUCUGUUUUAAAUUAUAUCUUAGAAGUUAUAUUAUUAGUUAUUUUGUAUAAAUAAAUUUAUAAGACUGAUAUAUUUCUUA